AUGGCAGAUCCUCUCAGCAUCGCAGCAUCGGUGCUUGCCAUUGCGACAGCCGGAUACAAGACAUCUGUGUCUCUCUACACCCUUUCAGAGACGGUAACUACUGCGAGCCAGCGUGUCGAGAGCAUUGCAAGCGAUGUUGGCAGCACAGUCAGUAUUCUGAACCAGCUACGCGACCUAAUUAUCCCGGAACACGGACCGCAUGGCACUCGCACAACUAUCUUCAACUCAACAGCUCUUCGAGAUAUCUCAACAGCGAUCAGGCACUGUCAGCAUGUGUUUAAACAAAUCCAUCGUUAUUUGCAGCGCGCGACUAAACAGAUCAAGGCGCAGUCACUUACACCAACUACGAAGAUCCAGCUGUCAACUUCGGAGAAGGCAAAAUGGCCAUUCUUACAGCCGCAGUUUACUGAACUGAGGAACGACUUGCGGGACUCGAAAAGCAAUCUUUUACUCAUGGUUACAGUAGCGCAUCUGGCCAUAACACAAAAGGGAGGUCGAAGGCGGAACAUAAAUGAGGAAGAAGAGGCUGAGCUGAGAACUACCAUCAUUCGCUUACAACGCACUGAGGCCGCUGAGGUGCAAAGCAUUAUAAGCGACUUGAGUGAAGAAGAUAUUAGCACGAUGAAGAGACUCCUUCGGAAAGUACGUGGGCUGAGACCAUCAAAAGAUGGGAAAGAAACGCCAAAACCACCAACAAGGAGUCUUGGGAAGAAAGCGGAGGAAGGAAGUCGUGACGUUGCUGUUUCUCCAAAAACGGCUUCAAGUAAUUUUCAAGAAGUGCCAGAGGACGAAGAAUUGCCUGUUGUCAGUGGUAGCCGACGAAAGACACAGAAAAGAGUGGUUUCAAGGAAUCGAAAGUCCAGCGAUUCGAGCGUUCAGCAGACUCAGCCGCAUCUAGCAGAUGAGGAACCAGAUACUGUACCUGAGAAGCGUUCGUCGAACUACAAAGUGGCAUUGGAUCGUGGGGCUGAAGAUGUGACCUCAGUUAAGCAGAAGCCAGUAGAGCUUCAGGCCGAAUCUGUAACGAAAAUGCCAGAGGACCGUCCGGACUCCCAGGUUCCGGUAGAUGUCCCUAAGAUUGCAUUGGAGACAAGCAUGGAAAGUGCGACAAUAGGAGCAAAGCUUGUACCUAGUACUUCGACGCCAGAAACGAAAGACAGACACAGUGUGGGCAAGUCAGAUAGCGCAUCACCUGGGCCACUUCAGAAGUCUCAUCCUGCCCUAAUCGAGAAUCCAGACUCGAUCGCCCAACCUAUUCCAAAACUUGACUCAUCCAGUGAUACUAAAGAGUUGGCUCGCUUGAUCGGCGAAGAGUUGAUGGCGGCUUUUGAAGAGAAUAAUCGGCAGAAAGAGAUCCCAGAAGAUGUGGAAAUACAAGAGGAGGUACAGGAUGAAGACGAACCACUGCAUGCAUGGGUCUCCAAUUAUUCCGGUAACUUGAAUGCAGAGGUUCUGCCUCUCCCGAUUUCGGAGGCUGAUAUCCAAAGCCUGAUAGACAAUCGGAAAGGAGAAGACUAUAGCUUGCUCGGAGCCUUAAGCAAGCUGAAUACCAUACAGCGCCGAAUGAUAUUACAACAGGUCAAGAGGUUGGAACUAACGCUAUAUUUCGUCGAUACAUGGGCGAAGGAGAAUGUUAGUACAUCUUUUGGGGAUUUAGAAAUCGUUCUCGUUCUUUGGGUCGCAAAAGGCCAUCCGCGAUACGGACUACCACCCGCUGCUGGCGGGAGAAAUCGUAUCAUGCCAGGAAUUCCACAACAAAUGAUGCAAAAUCAACAGGCUUCAUACCCAGGUCAACUGCCACCGCUGCAAUCACAAAGUCAUCCUCCUAUCCAAGGUCAUGGUCAGACGCGUGCUCAUUCAUGGGCUCCAGCUCCGCAAUCGUUUCCUGGUCCUAAUAUGGGUGCGACAAUGCCAAACCGGCAUAUGGUGGGAGCGCCAACGCCACCACCACCACCUCCCCCAAUGCCCGGGCACGGCGCGCCGAUUGACUAUGUAUCCGCUAGUCAAUUUAAGAAGCAGAAGAAGUUCAAGAUGCAUCGCAGCUUAUCUGAGUCAUCUUUAGAGAGUGAAAGCUCGUGGGGAGACGAGUCUGAGGACUCCAGCUUUGUCAACAUCGAGGACGAUGAUCGUAUCGAUGCUGGUCGACGCGAACGUGGACGUCAACGACAGUUCAAGAAGCCGAAGAAGAGCCAGAAACAACGCUCACUCAGCAAAGCUAGAGGCACUAAUCGCAGAAGAAGCCAUAGUCGUCCACGAAAACCCAUCGUCGACCGAUACACCAAGAAAGCGUCACAGAGACCUCGAGACAGCGAGCCAAUGGUUGAGGACUGCUUCGAUGGAUAUAGUUCAACUUCAUCUGCUACCACAUGGAAUCCUGAGAUAUCGGCGCCGCCACGACGCUUCGGCAUGGCUCUGCGUGCAAAGACUGUAAAGAGUAAAGAACGCAGACAGAGACAAUCAGAAGCUGUGGCAAAAACGAGAAGAGAAGAUGAUGCAGUCGUUGACAAUUUAUUGGCCAAAUGGACGUCGUAG